AUGCCAGUUGAAACACCUCGUUCAGCUGUGCUGAUGCUGCCCGUGCUUGCCCCACGGCAGGCGCACAUAGACACGUCGGCACCCCCGCCGCGAAAUAAGUCGAAGGCUCGCAUGGCUCGCAAACACGUUCAUAAGGUCUUGCAUCUGUUCAAUGCAUCUGGGUGUCCAAGUCUCAUGGUCACCGUGCCUUUUGUGCAUUUGUUUCUGGAUCCUGUGUGCCUGGUCACGCUCCACCAGUGCCCCCCCCCCCCCCCGAGGCAGCUGAGCUCGUGCCACAACCAGGGGCGCACCCGCAGACUCAGCCAACAGUUCCACAAGUCGGCCAACACUCCCAGCCUGCAGAGCAGCAGGCAGGUGUUGGAAUCGUGCCUCAGCCAGGGCCAUACCAGCAGACCCAGCAAACACUUCCACCCAGUCGAAAUUCUCAACCAGCUCUGCAGCCGCACGAACCCCAGCCACAGCUUGCACCACCUCGGCAGCGGCCAGGUGUUGGGAUCGUGCCUCAGCCAGGGCCAUACCCACAGACACAGCCAACAAUGCCACCACCUAGGCGACGAUCAGCUCCCCAGCCGCACGAGCCCCAGCCACAGCUUGCACCACCUGGGCAGCAGGCAGGUGGUGGGAUCGUGCCUCAGCCAGGUGCGUACCCACAGCCAACAAUUGCACCACAUCGGCAAAGAUCUCAACCAGCUCUCCAGCUGCACGAACCCCAACCACAGCUUGCACCACCUGGGCAGCCGGCAGAGGUUGGGAUCGUGCCUCAGCCCGGUCCGUACCCCCCGACCCAGCCAACAAUGCCACCAACCAGGCAAAGAUCUCAACCAGUACUGCAGCCGCACGAGCCCCAGCCACAGCUUGCACCACCUGGACAGCAGGCGGGUAUUGGGAUCGUGCCUCAGCCAAGUCCGCAGACCCAGCCAACAUAUCCACCGUCCAUUCAAGAAUCCCAAACAGGACUCCAGCCGCACGAGUCCCAACCACAGCUUGCACCGCCUGGGCAGCAGGCAGGUAUUGGGAUCGUGCCUCAGCCAGGUCCGUACCCGCAGACCCAACCAACAAUUCCACCAACCAGGCAAAGAUCUCAACCAGUACUGCAGCCGCAUGAGCCCCAGCCACAGCUUGCACCACCUGGACAGCAGGCGGGUGUUGGGAUCGUGCCUCAGCCAGGUCCGUAUCCACAGCCAACAAUUGCACCACACAGGCAAAGAUCUCAACCAGCACUGCCGCCGUACGAACCCCAACCACAGCUUGCACCUCCUGGGCAGCCGGCAGAUGUUGGGAUCGUGCCUCAUCCAGGUCCGCACCCGCAGACCCAGCCAACGCUUCCACCACCCAGUCAAAAGACUCAACCAGCUCUUCAGGCACACGAACCACAGCCACACCCUGCACCAGCUGGGCAGCACUCAGGUAGGAUCGUGCCUCAGCCAGGUCCGUACCCGCAGACCCAGCCAACACCAACACUUCCACCACCCAGUCAAGAAUCCCAAACAGCACUCCAGCCGCACGAGUCCCAACCACAGCUUGCACCACCUGGGCAGCAGGCAGGUAUUGGGAUCGUGCCUCAGCCAGGUCCGUACCCACAGACCCAGCCAACACUUCCACCUCCCAGCCAAGAAUCCCAAAACUCACUCCAGCCGCACGAACCCCUGGCACCACCAGGGCAGCAGAUAG